AUGUCUGAUUCCGUUGUUGAAACCACCGCCUCUGCAGUAGCUGUACCAGCUGCCGAUAAAAAGGCAAAGAGAGCCACCGUCACCAAGGCCAAAAAACCAACUAGUGGUCCUACUCAUCCACCAACCCAACAAAUGGUAGAUGCUGCCAUCAAAACAUUGAAAGAACGUGGUGGUUCAUCCCUUCCAGCCAUUAAGAAAUACCUUACUAGCACUUACAAGGUAGAUGCUCAAAAAUUGGCUCCUUUCAUCAAGAAAUAUUUGAAGAGUUCUGUAACCAGCGGAAAAUUAAUUCAAACUAAAGGUAAGGGUGCUUCUGGUUCAUUCAAAUUGUCAGCUGCUGCCUCAAAAGUACCAAAGACAAAGAAGCCUGCUGUCGAAAAGAAAAAGGCUGCUGUUGGUGAUAAAAAGAAGAAGGUUGCUGCCGCAAAGAAAGUCUCUGCCGUUAAGAAAACAGCAGAAAAGGCCAAAGCAAAAACUGCCAAGAAGGCAAAACCCGUCAAAAAGGCACCAGCAACUAAACCAAAAGCACCCAAAGCAAAGAGCGUCGCCGCCGCAGCAAAACCUAAGAAGGUUGCUCCAGCCAAAAAACCAGCUGCUGCCAAAAAGACCGCCGCUAAGAAGUAAAUUGACACUCAUCCCUGCAAAUUAUU